AAGGGUUUCUUAAUUUUGGGUUUUCUUGAAAAAAAAAAUUUGGAUUGUUUUUUUUUUUUUUUUUAAAUUUUGAGAAAUAAUAGGAAGCAAGAGAAAAUUAGAAAUGGGGAGUAAAUGGAGGAAAGUAAAGCUGGCUCUGGGUAUGAAUCUGUGUGUGUACGGCCCCAGGAACCACGUGGCCGACAAUGACGACGACUACGACUCCCUUCCGCCGCCGCCGCCUUCUCAGCGGCGGUCGGACGCCGCCCUCCUCUCGCCGCCGUGUGACUGGACAUCUGUUCCGGCGACUCCGGCCCCGGCUUCUAACAGGCUCAGGCUUUCCAAGAGCUUGAGCAGAUCUUCUUCAAAGAAGACUUGCUCGAUAUGUCUAGCAUCGAUGCGACGAGGAGACGGGCAAGCUAUAUUCACCGCAGAGUGUUCCCACUCGUUCCAUUUCCAAUGCAUCGCUUCGAACGUUAAACACGGCAAUCAAAUCUGCCCCGUUUGUCGAGCAAAGUGGAAAGAAAUCCCCUUCCAAGGCCCCACCGAUAGGGCGGCCCGCAAUAACAACGACGAAUUUAUGACCGUUCUCCGUCGAUUACCACCACCACGUUCAAACUCCGCCCGUAACCCCGCCCCGAUAUUUCAAUCCCCCGAGCCAUCAAUCUUCAACGAUGACGAGUCAUUGGAUCACAAAAUCGACUCCACCAACACAACUUUCUCGGACAACAAGACUCCCACGGAUAAUCUUAACCACGGACGGAAAGUCAAUAUCAAGACAUACACGGAAGUUUCAACUGUCGUAAAAUCCCAUAAAUUGGACAGUUUCACCGUGUUGCUUCAUCUAAAAGCCCCCGCUUCGCACUCUCAGACCCCACGAGCCCCCGUCGAUCUUGUCACCGUUCUUGACAUAAGCGGGAGCAUGGCGGGCACAAAGCUCGCAUUGCUUAAACGGGCUAUGGGCUUUGUGAUUCAAAAUCUCGGCCCGAAUGAUCGGUUGGCGGUGAUCGCCUUCUCCUCCACCGCCCGCCGCCUCUUCCCGCUCCGGCGAAUGUCUGAAACAGGGCGGCAGCAAGCCCUGCAAGCUGUUAACUCCUUGGUCGCCAAUGGAGGAACCAACAUCGCCGAGGGGUUGAGAAAGGGGGCCAAAGUAAUGGAAGACCGACGCGAGAAGAACCCCGUUUCGAGUAUCAUACUAUUAUCGGACGGGCAAGAUACUUACACUAUCACCCAAAAUCGACCAAAUUACGAGAUGCUCCUUCCUUUAUCGGUUCGACCCAAUGAUUCGUCGACUUUCAAGAUUCCGGUACAUGCGUUCGGUUUUGGUGGGGACCACGACGCAUCGUCGAUGCACUCGAUCUCGGAAGCUUCCGGAGGGACCUUUUCGUUCAUCGAGACAGAAGGGAUAAUCCAAGACGCCUUCGCGCAGUGCAUUGGUGGACUUUUGAGCGUUGUGGUUAAGGAUCUUCGUGUGGGGAUUGAGUGUGUGGGCCCCACGGUUUAUAUAGGAUCUUUAAAAGCAGGGAGUUAUCACAACCGUGUGAUGCCCGAUCGAAAGACGGGAUCGAUUGAUGUUGGAGAUCUUUACGCAGACGAGGAGAGAGACUUUUUGGUUUCCGUAAAUGUCCCUGUCGAAGAAACGUCGAUCUUGAAGGUGAGUUGCGUGUACACCGACCCUUUGACGAAAGAGUUUGUGAAAUUGGAAGGUGAGGAAGUUAGAAUCGAGAGAAACAAUGACGUGGCAAAAAUCUCGAUCGAAGUGGACAGGCAACAAAACAGAAUUCGGGCGGCAGAGGCUAUGGCGACGGCGCGAGCACUGGCGGAGAACGGGGAUCUGGCGGGGGCGGUUUCGGCGCUCGAGAGCUUUCGGAAGGUUCUAUUGGAGACCGCUUCGGCAAGGUCAGGCGACAGGCUGUGCGCGUCGCUCGAGGCGGAGGUGAAGGAGAUGGAGGAGCGAAUGGCGAGCCGACACGUGUACGAGGCGUCGGGGAGGGCUUAUAUAUUGUCGGGGCUUAGCUCGCACUCGUGGCAAAGAGCGACAGCUAGAGGAGAUUCGACGGAUGGAUCGAGCCUCGUCCAAGCCUAUCAAACACCGUCGAUGGUUGAGAUGGUGACUCGUUCGCAGGCUUCCUUGUUGGGUAGCCCUUCGGGUCAAAGGCUUCUUAGGCCUAUGUGGUCGUCGUUCGGUUCACAACCGAAGCCAAGGUAGUAGUUUGUCGGUUUUAUUGUCGUUCGUCGCCUUCUUUUUUAUCGUCUAAGUUUGGUGGAGAAAUAAAUUAUGUAAAAGAUGGGGGUAUAUUGGGAAAGGAAUGUGGGGAAAGUUUUAGCUAGUGGUUUUUUUUUGUAAUUUGUGUGAUUGUUUGGGGGUGAUGUAGAUAAUGGUAUAUGGUUUUUUUGGGACAAAAGGGGUAAUUAUUGGACUGUAAUUGUGGGGAUACUGUCUAAUGAACUGUCCACUUCUUAUUAUGAGAAAUUGCAAUCCAGUCCCCGCUA